GCUCGUCGGUCCAAUCAGAACGAGACUUUUUACACACACACACACACACACACAGCUAGCUCGUCGUCGGUCUCCAUUUUGUUAGUACUUUCUUGUUUUGUCGCGUUUGUAAUGGCUCGCACUAAGCAAACCGCUCGCAAGUCCACAGGCGGCAAGGCCCCGCGGAAGCAGCUGGCCACUAAGGCUGCUCGCAAGAGCGCGCCGGCCACCGGCGGCGUGAAGAAGCCGCACCGCUAUCGGCCCGGCACUGUGGCGCUGCGCGAGAUCCGCCGCUACCAGAAGUCCACCGAGCUGCUGAUCCGAAAGCUGCCGUUCCAGCGCCUGGUGCGCGAGAUCGCGCAGGACUUCAAGACCGACCUGCGCUUCCAGAGCUCUGCCGUCAUGGCGCUGCAGGAGGCGUCCGAGGCCUACCUGGUGGGGUUGUUCGAGGACACCAACCUGUGCGCCAUCCACGCCAAGCGGGUCACCAUCAUGCCCAAGGACAUCCAGCUAGCGCGCCGCAUCCGUGGGGAGAGGGCAUAACUUUUUUUUCCUUAGCAGUGCUCAACUGAACCCAAAGGCUCUUUUCAGAGCCAACUACGUGUUUGUAAAAGGUGUGUAGCACUGCAGUAGUGUUGGAAAAGGAAGGUAUUUCGCAAACGAAGAAAAUCCCCAUUCUUGUGAAAGUAUUGGUGUUUAAUUAGUGAAUUUUAAUUCUGAAUGUCCUUUCUAUUUUAGCGCUGCUUCCGGUGAGCUGGACUGGUUUGGGUUUGAUUACUUUGUUUCUGGGAGCUUUGGCCUUCUGUUCCUAGUCUAUUUAUGCCGUAGUCUUUUUGGUGUUCUACCCACCUCAGUCCCAGCAGUUGGGGCCUUUAGGGUCCUAUCAUUUCUAGCUGUCGCCAUGAGCCAGCCCAUCACCUUCCUGAGGUUCUUGACUGAGCCCUCCCUCUUGCUCUUGAUCUUAGCUGCAAGUCCUGAUUUAAGCUUGAAGGGAGAGGCGAGGUAUCCUUUGAGUAUGAUUCCUCAUGUCCCAGCCUGACAAGGUUAUUCUCUUUUCAAGGUUCCUAGUGCUUUGAGCGUGGCUAGAGAAAGCCCUCCUUGGGUUGAUUUCAUGGCUUUGAUGUGAUGAUGAAUGUGGUAUGCUGGAAAGCCCUGUUCUUGGAGGCCUUGUGCCCUGUCUCCACCCCCCCACCCCCCCGUUUUUUUCACUUGCGGCUUUUCUGCUGGAAACAGCAGAAGUCUUGGAAUGUGGUUUUGGACAUAAUUUUACCUUUAAGUAUUCUCCCACCAUGCAAAUAUAGUUAGUGAAGCUAGCAGUUUGGUCAUUAUACCAUUUCGCAUCUCACCGUGGAUGAGCUCUUUCCUUGAUUUGAGUUCCUACAUUGAUCUAAUAGCCAUCAUGACCUGAGAAGGGGCCAUUGGCUCCCAAGUGCCAAAAGCAGCUCUCUUACAGAGUAAAGGUAAGGUAAAGGGAAUGAGGAGGUUAGGGGCCUUCUAUUCUCAUGAUCAGGCCUUUUGAAUUUGUAGUCACUGGUCCAACUCCUGUUUGUUAUUCGAGAGUGCCUCUUGAUCUGGAAUGCUUUGCAAGGCAAACAGAUUUCAUGGGCUGCAUAAUUAUGGGGCAAAGAAGAAUGUGGGUAAAGGUCACAACUCAUGGGAAAACGUCCACUUGCUUUUACCUUCAGUAGGACUUUUGCUCACCUUCACAUUUUGGGAGAAACAUAGAAUUCUGGCCACAAAAGAACCUGUACUCAGAAAGAACACCAUUUAUUAUUAACCAUGAACUUCUAAACUAAUUCCAGAGAUAUACUUAAGUAUAUCAAGAGGCUAUUUGUCCAUGACCUUAAAGAUAUAAUCUAUUGUUGGAGACUGUUUUUAAUCCCUAGGACAUUUUACCUUCAUUCCUAAGGGUUCAGUAAAAAUUGAGGCUAUUUUUCCAAGAAAAUUCCAUAAUGUUUUUACCCUUUAUCAGUGAAGAAAACCAGUGUCAUUUAUCCUUACGUAUCUCCAUUAGAUUAUUGUUACUAACAUGAUUUUCAUCCCCAAAAUUCAUAGAAUUUCUUAAUGCUCCUCUGCACAUUUAUGAAUCCCAGAAUCUUUCAAUUGUCUCAGGAUUCUGUAGAAGACUUUCUCACCACUUCGGGUGCCAUGCAUUUGUUUGUACAUUUAAUAAAGCUUUUGGGCCCCUUUCUAGAAUGUUUUUAAAUACUUGAUGUAAAAAACAUGGAAUUACAAAGGGAAACAAUAUAAACAUAGCAUCAAAAUAUUUUCACAGUCAAAAUUGGUAAAAUAUUAACCUAAUUAUAUGCUCCCUCAUUAAUAUAUUAAGUAAUAGAUCUAUGGAUCUAAGAAAUAACUGAGAAAGCGAUGUUUAAAUAAUAUGAGAUACUGACAACUGAAAUGCUGUAUGAAUAGUAGCAUAUGUAAUAUCACUUAAUACUGUUAUCUGAAUUUAUAUUUUGUAGAAAUGUUAAGGUGUGGUUGGAGGUUGGAAAAAUAAAGAUCAAAAAUAUUUUUCUAUCUGGAUUCCACAUCCCUUGAAUCCUGUCUAUAUAUCCUAGGUUAAAAACAUAUUCUUCAAUGUUUACAUGCAAUAUAAAUCUGAGGGACAGUUGUGAUGAAGUUGGUCUUUUCCACAGAUCAUGGAGAAGCCCAGCCUUCUGUCCAAAGUACGGGGACUCCUCAGUGAUGUAACAAUGAGUUAAGUAUUUAUCAUUUUGAGGAGUUUUACAACUAAGUUUAGCAAAUGAGGAUUCUCUCUUCCGAUCAUUACUUUGAAGAAGUGAACCUUGCUGGAAGAUGAGAGCAGCCACAACGGUAUAAUACAAGGUAAUAAUGUUUGGCUGUUAUUAAAUUGUAAUUUCGGUAUUGUUCUAAAAUAACAUCAUACAUAUAAAGUGAGUAUAUAGCUUACCCACGGUCACACAGCGGGUGUGUGGAGCAUGGUCUUGGCUGGUUGCUAUGAUGCUGGCUGGUUGGGGAGAUAGCAUGUAGUGAUAGGCAUAGAGCUGUGCUUGAUUAAGGAUACAAUCAAGCCAUAAAGCUUGAAUUCCCAGAACUAGGAUCUCUUGCCUUCGGGAUAGCCCCAUUUAUAAAUCUUCAAUGCAGCCCUCAAUGCUUUUAACCUGCUUCACCUCUAAUUCUGUAACCUUCACAUACUUUAGUCCCCUCACUAGGCU